CAAUCGGCAGCGAUAUCUACUUGUAAACAGAGCGCUCGAGUCUGAAGUCACUUGCCGUGAGUCGAGUUCUUCCGACACUGAAGACCCUGUAAACUCUCUACUUUUUCAGAUGCCAGAAGGACCUGAACUGCACCUGGCAAGUCAGUUUGUGAACCAUUUUUGUGCUGGAGUGGUAUUCUCUGGAAAGGUGGAAAAGUCAGAUGUCUCCAAAAAUGUGGAGGUCCCCUUUGCUUGUGACAGUUAUUCUAUUACUGCUUGCUCUCGGGGGAAAGAAGUUCGGCUAAGGCUGACACCUAUUAAAGAAGAGGAAUCCAAUGAGAUGAAACCUACAGAUGCCAGUCAGCCAAUGGAUAUCAUCUUUCGGUUUGGGAUGUCAGGAUUUUUCAGGUUUACAUCUGAAAAUGAAAUACUCAAACAUUCCCAUUUGCUUUUCUAUACCAAAGAAAAACCCCGAAGAGUGCUAAGCUUCGUUGAUAUCAGACGCUUUGGAAGCUGGGAGCCCAAUGGAAGCUGGCAGGCAGACAGAGGGCCGUGCGUUAUGUUUGAGUAUCCAGAAUUUCGAUCAAACGUGUUGGCAAACCUGUCUGACAAAGCCUUUGACAAGCCCAUAUGUGAAGUUCUGCUGAAUCAGAAAUAUUUUAAUGGAAUUGGAAACUACCUGCGAGCAGAAAUACUGUACAGGGUGAAGAUUCCCCCUUUUGUUAAAGCAAGGACAGUCUUGGACAACCUGUUACCAAAAAGCAAGGCAAAUGUGGAAGUCAAAGCAGAAGAUAACCAGUGCCAAACACCUGAGAUAACUUUGAGCAAGAAAAUCAAGCAGAAAAAGGAGCGCCCUGACAUACUUGACCUCUGUCACUUUGUGCCUUUGGAAGUUGUUAAAAUGGGAGGCAAAGGCUAUGACCCAGAACAAUCCAAUGACUACUCUUCUUUCAAAGGCUGGCUGCAGUGUUACUGUGUUCCAGGAAUGAAGUCCAUGCGUGAUCAUAAUGGAAGAACCAUCUGGUUUCAGGGAGAUCCUGGACCUAUGACUCCUAAAGGCUUGAAGUCUCGCAGAAAGAAAACCAAUAAGCAAAAUGUAGAAGAUAGUGAUGAAAAGCCAAUUGUAGAAAAAGAGGAAAAGAAGCCUAAAAGAAAAAAAGGGAAAGAUACCGAGCAUGAGAAAGAUGAGGCUACUGAAAACAGCACUCUGGCUUCUGAGGAGUACGAGUCUAAAACACUGCAUACGGACAAAAAAAGAACUGAACUUGAAAAUGAGGCUGCUGCUGUGGAGAAAGGAUCAAGAAAAAUGAAUCUUAGGAGCAGAAAAGUGAAGUCAAAGCCUAGCUGAUGUUUGAAAAGCGGAUUAUAGUUUUUAAAAUGAAUACAAUAUAUAUUGCACAAUAGCACUAUAUAUAUUGUGCUUUUAUUUUUAUACUAUUUCCAAAAACACUUUUUAAAAUAAAAAAUAUAUAUUAGCUGUUUUUAAUGGAUUCUAGUUUUAAAAAUAUGUUACAAAAGAACCCAAACUAUAACUUAAAAGCUGUUUCUUUACAUAAAAGAAAAGGCAUUCCAAUUAAAUGUUUUCUCUGAUAAA